GGUGACGUCAUUUUCAACUGCGCAGCCUUGGACCGGAAAAAGGUGGGUGUAAGCUGACGUAGGUUAGCAAGCUACAUAUACCAAGUCUGCCUUGGCUUCUAUGGAAGAGAUGUCAGGAGAGAGUGCCGUGAGCCCGCCAGUGCCGGCAGCUACAACCCGGACCACAUCGUUUAAAGGUUCCAGCCCCAGCUCAAAAUAUGUGAAGUUAAAUGUGGGUGGGGCCCUAUACUACACAACAAUGCAGACUCUGACCAAACAAGACACCAUGCUGAAAGCCAUGUUCAGUGGCAGGAUGGAGGUCCUCACUGACAGUGAAGGUUGGAUUUUGAUUGAUCGCUGUGGCAAACAUUUCGGAACGAUCUUGAACUACCUGAGAGAUGGAGCAGUUCCGCUGCCAGACAGCCGGCGGGAAACCGAGGAGCUGCUUGCAGAAGCCAAGUAUUAUCUUGUCCAAGGCCUUGCCGAUGAAUGCACGGCUGCCUUGCAGAACAAAGAAACAUAUGAGCCUCUAUGUAAAGUGCCUCUCAUGACAUCAUCCAAGGAGGAGCAGAAGCUUAUUGCAACUUCAAAUAAGCCUACAGUCAAACUGCUGUAUAACAGAAGCAAUAACAAAUAUUCCUACACCAGCAAUUCUGACGACAACAUGCUGAAAAAUAUUGAGCUGUUUGACAAGCUGUCGCUGCGGUUCAAUGGCCGUGUACUCUUCAUCAAAGAUGUGAUCGGGGAUGAGAUCUGCUGCUGGUCCUUCUACGGGCAGGGCCGUAAGAUAGCUGAAGUGUGCUGCACCUCCAUUGUUUAUGCCACCGAAAAGAAGCAGACAAAGGUGGAGUUCCCUGAAGCUCGCAUCUAUGAGGAGACCCUCAAUAUCCUUCUAUACGAAUCCCAUGAUGGGAGGGGGCCGGACAACGCUCUGCUGGAGGCAACAGGGGGCGCUGCCGGACGAUCCCACCAUCUGGACGAAGAUGAUGAGCGAGAACGAAUUGAGCGAGUUCGUAGGAUCCAUAUCAAACGACCCGACGACCGCACACACCACCACCAGUGACCUCCCACCCGUCUUAGCUGAGGCCUUGUACCGCACCCGUGCCUUACACCUUCCCUCAACAGCGCCUCUUACAUUCAUUACCAGGAGACUGUAUUCGUGUGUAGCUGUGCAGUUAUUAUGCCCACUGUGUCGCCUUUGUCGUGGUCUGACUGACUGACGGACUGGCUG